CUAAGAGAAAGAUGCGUAGUUCAAAUUUUAUUCCAACCUGUCGAAGGAAAUCUGUGGCGUUAGCAACCAACCCAUUUUGGGUAAUAAUAUGCCAAGACAUCUAAGGCUGAAGGUCGUGAUCGCGCGCCGCGGAAGUCGCGAACGCGACGUGACGCAAGAGCACUAACCUCGUUCUCCUCUCAUAGAAAUUCCCCUCUCUUCCUCGAUCAAUCAUCUGACUGCUUUACCACUCUUUCUUCACUCGCCUUCACGUUUGCGCGAUAUAUCAGCCUGAAACAUGGGUAUUAAACACCUUUUCCAGCUCAUCCAGGCAGAGGCCCCAGAUGCCAUCAAGACUGGGGAGAUCAAGAACCAAUUCGGCCGCAAAGUGGCUAUUGAUGCGUCUAUGAGCAUAUACAGUUUCCUCAUUGCUGUUCGUUCCGAUGGCCAACAACUCAUGAGCGAGACCGGCGAAACCACAUCCCAUCUCAUGGGUCUCUUCUAUCGGACCCUUCGCAUGGUCGAGAACGGCAUCAAGCCCCUCUACGUCUUUGACGGAGCCCCACCGAAACUCAAGUCCGGCGAAUUAGCAAAGCGAUUCCAGCGGAAAUCAGAAGCACACGCUGCGCACGAAGAGGCCAAAGAGACAGGUACCGCUGAAGACGUCGAGAAGUUCUCGCGGCGAACGGUCAGGGUGACAAGGGAGCACAACCAGGAAUGUCAACGGCUCCUGAAGCUCAUGGGUAUUCCAUACAUCGUCGCUCCAACAGAAGCCGAGGCGCAAUGUGCCGUUCUUGCGCGAGCGGGAAAGGUCUAUGCCGCUGCAAGUGAAGAUAUGGAUACACUAACUUUCCAUUCGCCAAUUCUGCUACGACAUCUCACCUUCAGUGAGCAACGUAAAGAACCCAUCCUAGAGAUCCACCUCGACAAAGUCUUGGAGGGUUUGUCUAUGGAGUACGAGCAAUUCAUCGACCUCUGCAUUCUCCUCGGAUGCGAUUAUCUCGAUCCCAUCAAAGGCAUCGGCCCCAGCACUGCUGUUAAGCUCAUCCGCGAGCACAAGAACCUUGAAGGUGUCCAUGAGCACAUGAAAUCCUCAACAAAGUAUACUAUUCCGGAAGAUUGGCCUUUCCAAGACGCCCGAGCCUUAUUCCUCGAGCCUGACGUCCGCCCUGCCACCGAUCCGGAGUGCGACUUCAAGUGGGAAUCUCCUGACGUUGAAGGACUAGUCAAGUACCUUGUAGAGGAGAAGCACUUCAACGAGGAUAGGGUAAGGAACGGUGCAGCCAAACUGCAAAAGAACCUGAAGACCGCGCAACAGAGUCGAUUGGAGGGAUUCUUCAAGCCUGUCCAGAAAACAGACGAGCAAAAGGCGAACCUCAAGCGGAAAGCAGAACAGAAGGCCGAGGAGAAGAAAAAGAAGCAAAAGCAAGCAGCCAAGGAGAAGAAGGAGGCCAAAGCCAGGCCAAGGGGUGGUGCUUAAGGCAUCGAUAACAAUGAGCGAGAUUCGGCACAAUCGAGACAAGCGGAAGUUCUGCCACGGAGGGCUUAGUGAUGGCGUUUUAGGGUGCAUUCAAUAGCGAUCAUGGGGAAAUGGUGGGAUACCACUGGCGUUUUUUUUCCUUUCCUCAAAAUUUCAUCAUCUUUGACGAUACAAUUCGUAUCUGGAAUCCUCCCCUCCAGGGAGUCUCUUCGAGGAAACAUUAGCUUAUGCCUGCUCGGUAGAAACUGCAUGAGAAUACUACGCCUGCAAUUGCCCAAUUGCAUACUUUUCCG